AUGGCCCAAAAGGUGGAAUUCGGCGGCAAGGCCGAGUUCUGGAUCGACCGUGACUUGAGCACGUUUGAGCAGUCGUUCUUCCGCACUUUCCUCAUCAACUUCUUCAUUUCGCGCAAGAGUGAGCUUGUCACGUAUGAGGCCCGCUACUUGUUUGAGCCUUCGGCGGAGGAGAGUGAGAAGGGUGAGGAGAGCGGCACGAGCGACAGCGACCACAGCAGUGCGGCGAGUGAGGAGAAUGAAGGCACCAACGGCAGCCAGGCCACCGAGCGCAAUGCCGCAUCCAGUGCGGGGACCGAAGGCAGCGAGGCGACCGAGGACGUCGAGGCGAUCGCAAGAAGCGAGGUCACCGAGGCCAGCGACGAGAGCGCAAGUAGCGAGGAGACCGGCCCGCCCAAGCAGCCAUGCGGCUUCGGCAUCUCCACCCUCCAUCUCCUCACCCCACCGCACAUCCAGCUCAUCGCCAGCAAGCUCUCCCUCCUGGCGAAGUGCAGCGUCAAGGUCAAGACGUGGCCACGGCACCCGCCCCCGCCGGUGGGGUGGGACCGGCUGUCGGACGGCGAGGUCGACGAGGACGACCUGUCGGCCAAGCAUCGUUGGUGGGUCGACUCCGACAGCGACUCCGACAGCUACGCUUCCGACCAGCAGCCAGACAGCACAACCGACACCCCCGAGACAACGCCGCUCACCACCCCCGCCGACGAGGAGCCACGCUCCGACUGGCAGGGCUGUGAUACUGACCCGCGCGACAGGCAAAACUGGCAGUCGCGCUGGGUGGAGGACACGCCGUGCGAGACGGACAUUGACCGCCCGCAGCCCUUGGGGCCGGUCUACCUCGCGACGAUUCCGGGGGCCGCCGAGGCGUGGCAGGACGACAUGGUCGCCGACUGGGUGGCCCGCGGUGCAGAGGACAGGAAGAACGCGCGCUGGAGGAGCGUGUACAAGCUUGCUGCUACACACGCCGCUACCUACGUCUUGGGAGCGCAAGCAGUCCGCGAACACACAGUCCGUCAACGACGCAUGAGUUGGUGGGAUGGAUACGUCUCGCCGCUCCUGUACAAUACCACGGCUAUCGUCGUUGUGCGCUACCGCGCGCCGUCGCCCGUUGGGUGGGUCAACGUGAUGGACCAUCGCCUGCGGCGUGCUUUCAACUUUUAG